UAAUUUUUUAAUUAGUUAAAAUUAUUCUUUUAACAUUAUUUUUCAUUGUAUUUUUUUGAUUCCAGAAAGUGUGGAAAGUAGCAUCACUUUCGUAAUAAAUCCACCACUACUUAGCCAGUACCUUGCCAUUUAUUUUAUUAUGAAGUUAGCAGUAAGUUACCAUUCAUAAAAAAAAAAGGUUACUUAUUUUUAUUUAUUUUUUUAAGUCUGUCAAGUAACAGCACUGAACAUCACAAUAUAACCAAAAACUUACCAAUUAUUUUAUCUUAUUAUAAAAAGUGUGGACGGUGAAGUCACAACUGUAAUCACACCACUACUUAACCAGUACCUUAAUAUUUCAUACUUUUAAUAUAUUAUUUAAUGGUGUCACUUUUUUUUUGUAUUAUGAAAAAUGUAAAAAGUAACAUCACUGCUGCUCUACGACUUAUCCACUACCUUCCCAUUUUGAUUCCCUGCUUCUACGGAGAGCUCAAUUGCUGAAUACUGAUUGACGCCAAUUUAAACCACUCACCAAGACAGAAUUUGUUGAAUAUACAGUGGAACCUCCAAAGUGGAACAUGUCAAAAUCAUUUAUCGAUUCAAGGAAGAAAAAAAAACUCAUGUGCUGUCCACAAAUAAUUUCUUAAGUCGACAGAAGAUGUUAUUAGUGACAUUUUAGGUGUCAUACUCUGUGUAAUAAAGGGUGAUAUGGCCUGAAAAUGUGUUUCUUCUCAUGAAUCGGAUUGCCGAUUCAAAUUGAUUUGUUCUCUUUUUUUGUACUCAAUGAUACACUUAUGCGUUUGGUCACUCCCCAUCACCAAAGGGACCCCCCCCCAAAAAAAAAAAGCCAAAGAAAAAGCAAAACCAGAGAAUUCCAGACUUUGAAGAUUCCACUGUAAACAGGAGAUAGAAUACAAGUGCAGGGACACUAUUUAGCCCCUGAGGAUGUUUUGUGUGUGUCUUCCUCUUCAAUCGGAAAUGCUACUGUACAUACAUGAAACAAAGUUCACGCACUUCUUGAAGCCACAUUUGAUCUUUUUUUUUUUUUUUUUUUUUGAAUUGUUUCUCUUUCUGUCACUGAAACCGAUAACAUCGACGUUUUUUUUCUCUCUGCCUUGACUUAUUUGUGUUUUUUAAAUCUGUGCCAGGAUAUGUCGUGGAUUUUUUUUAAGGUUAAAAAUCAGUCACGUGACUUUCUAGGGGCCUCACUGGACUUUGUGAGUGUUUCACUUUUAUGGUCUUUUGUAAAAAGGGACAAUGUUUGGCGCGGGAUAGGGUACGUUUUAAUAGUUUUCCCAGGCCUGCCAUGAGAUGUCAAAUUUCACAAGAAAAAAAAGCGGAGUCAAAAAAAUAUCAAUUUUCCAAAGUGUUUUUUGAGAUUCUGUGUUUUCUUUUGAGCUCUACUGUGGAAUAAAAUCAGCUUUCUGGUUCACAAGAAACAAGCAAAUUAUCUUCUUUUUCUUCAUUAUUUUAUCACCGGUCAUAUUUUUGUCAAAGUGACAUUUUCAUGCUUUUAUGCAAAUCGUCAAGUGUGAAAUUAAACAACCAAUUAAAACUUGAGCUAUUUGCCUGUUUCCCAAAAUGUUCUAUUAUGUCAUAAUUCAGCUAAUUUGCAUCAUGCCACUAAUGGUAAAAUGCAAUUUGCGCAGGCUUUUAUGCGUCAAACUUAAAUUAAAAUCUACUUCAAUUAAAAUAAAUUUUCAUAGUGAUGUCAAUUUACGUCUGUGAAAGUGAUGAAAAAUGAAUGUGCCUUUUUUUUUUGUUUGGACAGUCUUGGAUCCGAUGUGACGUCAUGUCAUAGGGCGGGGGCUGACCGGCUUCCUGACGCGCACCAAUAGGAGGCCAGGAUAGAUUCGCGUGUUGACGCAGACAACGGCGGCUCGCCGCGAGCGAUGAUUGUGACUUUUUGUGUUUUUUGAUGCUUAGUUGGAGACACAAUAAUGAUGACGCGUAUUACCCACAAUGCAUCUCAGACGCGCGAUCUGAAACGCGCGCGCGGGAUUAACCGCAAUUUAAGUUAGCUAGCUAGCUGCCAGGUGAAUGCGCCUGGCCCUGCCGCUGGGCUCCGGGCCGCCCCAUGGACCACGUCCAUGGAUGUCUCCCCCAAAGCGGCUUCGGCGGAGCACAGGUCGAGCCCCGGGCCGGGUGUCCCGUCCUCGGAUCAACCAGAUAUUUUCCGCUGGCCCACGCCGGAAGAGGAGGAUGAGGAAAAGGGCGUCGAGCCGCAGACUGCACCUGCCGGCUGCUGGACGGCCGUGUUCGACUACGAGGCGACGGCGGAUGACGAGCUGAAUCUCCGCCGUGGGGACCUCGUGGAGGUGCUGUCCAAGGAUUCGCUGGUGUCCGGGGACGAGGGCUGGUGGACCGGUGUGGUGGCCGACCGGGUGGGCAUUUUCCCCUGCAACUAUGUCAGCAGGGGCGUGCCGGAGAAGAGGCGGGCCGCCUCGUCGCAGGAAGUGACACCUUUGCACCUCCUGGAGAUCGACUUUUCUGAGCUAGCCCUGGAGGAGAUAAUUGGCGUGGGUGGCUUCGGAAAGGUGUUCCGGGCGGUGUGGCGCGGCGCCGAGGUAGCGGUGAAGGCGGCGCGGCAGGACCCCGACGAGGACGAGGAGCAGACGCUGGCCAGCGUGCGGCAGGAGGCCAAGCUCUUCGCCAUGCUGGAGCACGCCAACGUUAUGGCACUGCUGGGCGUUUGCCUAAGCCUGCCCAACCUGUGCCUGGUGAUGGAAUACGCCCGUGGCGGCGCCCUCAACCGGGUGCUGGCGGGCAAACGUGUGCCGCCCUGUGCGCUGGUGGACUGGGCGGUGCAGGUCGCCCGAGGAAUGCGCUAUCUGCAUGACCAGGCCAUCGUCACAAUCAUUCACAGAGACCUCAAGUCCAGCAACGUCCUCAUCCUGGAGAGGCUCGAGAAGGAUGACCUGAGCAACAAGACAUUGAAGAUCACAGACUUUGGGCUGGCGCGCGAGUGGCAGCGCACCACCAAGAUGAGCGCGGCGGGCACCUACGCGUGGAUGGCGCCCGAAGUCAUCCGCUCUUCCACUUUCUCCAAGGGUAGCGACGUGUGGAGUUACGGCGUGCUGCUGUGGGAGUUGCUGACGGGAGAAGUGCCGUUCCGGGGCAUCGACGGACUGGCGGUGGCUUACGGUGUGGCCAUGAACAAGCUGGCCUUGCCCAUCCCCUCCACGUGUCCUGAACCCUUUGCGCGCCUCAUGGAAGGGUGCUGGAGCUCAGACCCUCACUCCCGGCCGCCCUUUGCCAACAUUCUGGACCGGCUGACCACCAUUGAAGAGUCGGGAUUCUUUGAGAUGCCGGCCGAGUCCUUUUGCUCCCUGCAGGACGACUGGAAGGUGGAGAUACAAGAGAUGUUUGACCAGUUGCGGACCAAGGAGAAGGAGCUACGUUCGUGGGAGGAGGAGCUGACGCGGGCGGCGCUGCAGCAGAAGUGCCAGGAGGAGGCGCUGCGGCGGCGCGAGCAGGAGCUGGCUGAGCGGGAGAUCCACAUUCUGGAGCGCGAGCUCAACAUUAUCAUCCAUCAGCUGUACCGCGACAAGCCGCACGUAGAGCGGCGCCAGGGCAAGUUCCGGCGCCACCGCCUGAAAAUCAAGGAUGGCAACAGGAUAAGCCUACCGCAAGAUUUCCAGCACAAGAUCACUGUGCAGGCAUCACCGUCACAUGACCGCCGUAGGAGUUUGCUCAGCAGUGGCUCCAGCCCUCCUAGCAGCCCGCCGCUGCUCCCUCGCCUCCGAGCCAUCCAACUCACCCCGCGGGAGGGCUGCUGCGGCGGCUGGGCUCGCAGCGCGGGCGAAGAGGAGGUCGAAAGGAGGGGCUCCAGGAAGAAAGGCAGGACGCGAGUGUGCGGACCGCACCGGGAGCACAGCGCCGACGCCAGCGUGAGGCCCGCCGCCGAGGGCAGCCGCCAGCGCUCCUGCAGCGCCCCCAACUUGCGCCGUUCCCCCAGACACAGCCCCGCUGUGCCUGGAGUGCCCAGCCUCCUGGAGCUUGAAAAUGAAGACUGCUGCUUCGUGAGCGGCUCAGAAGCAGGCCCAGCUCAGACGUACCUGUGCCCGCCCGACCAGGAAGGGGACCAAUCAGCAGCCGGCGGGGAUCCCUUUGCAGAAAUCCACGUUCCGGGAGCGACGCCGAGCCGUAAGAGCCCUGGCGGAGGCCGACGCACGGACCUGGUACUUCUGGGCUGCGGCGCUCUGCUGGCGGCGGCCGGGCUUGGUUCCAACUUGCUGACGCUGGCUCGGCCGGAGGAGGGCGUCAAAUCGCGCUGGGACGCUUUCUUCCACGCGCACAGACUAUUCCGCCGCGACAGUCCACUUCGAAUCCCACCAUCCUUCCCGUCCCCGGACCGCGACUCUUCCACGCGCUCGCUGCUCCGCUCCGAUAGCGACGAGCUGCCGGCGCCGCCGCCCGCGCGGUGCCACUGUAACGCUCUGGUCAACACCCACCUAGAGAGCUUCAAGCGCAACCCACGCCAGUCGCUCACGCCCACGCACGUACCCUGCGCAUCGAGUGCCGCCGGCCCACGCGUCGUGAGCCUGCGACGCACGCCGUCCGACGGCGCCAUCAGGAAGAGCUGCCCGCAGAACAACCUGGAACCUUUGCCGGAGCAAACCAUCCUGGAGAACAUAGGGGGCACCUUCCGAGGUUUCCCAGACAACCCCUCGGCCGUCCCCCGCCUUCCGGACCCCAAUGUGGUGUUUCCUCCCACCCCUCGCCGCCGCUGCACCCCCGAGCGGCCCAAAACCUUGGACAUCCUGGCGCGGCCUCGGCCCCCGGCGCGGCCCCGUUGCGACGCCUUUCGCCCGGAGGCUCGGGGCCGCGGCGACUCUCCGGCGGCGCACACCUCCAGCACGGAGACUCCACCCACCGCGGAGGAGGCACCCACGCCUUACUCCACCUACAGGGGGCGCAACCUGCUGGACACGCAGGACGAGGGGCAGUGCCGCGAUGGCACCGUGCCGCUGCGCAGCAAAGACUCGGUGGGAUGCUUUCACUGACUCUUCCCCCCCCCCC